AACGCAUCUAGCAAUAAAAGAGAACAGACGCAGCGACACAUCGUGAAAUAUUUAAAUAAACUCAAAUGUACGACAUCGCAUUGAAUCAAGAGACGCGCAAUUUAUUCCAGCUUACCCCAGUUGGAAGGUAUUUCGUAUCCCAAGGGGGCUAUCCAGCUUUCAUGAACGACGUGAUCAUGCCCAUGAUUGCGAAACUUGCAGUCGAACUUCACGAAGCAGGGAUAUCAUGCAAUGUGAUGUACCCAAUAGUACGACGACGAGUGCAGAACUACGUACUCGAAGGGGCUGCAAAAGAAGGAUUUCUAUGCGCCAGGCCGCGUCGCAGAAUAAGACAACAGAACAGAGAAGAACAGAACAGAAAGGGCUGCACAGAUGACAAUGGCUGCAUUUAUGGCAAGGGCUGCACUGAUGGUGUCAAGAGCAGCACAGUUAACAAGGGCUGCAUUGAUGGUAAUGGCUCCGCAGAUGACAAGGGCUGCAAUGAUGAUGCCAACAGCCGCCAAGAUGACAAGACCUGCAGAGAUGACAAGGUCUGUAUUGAUGACAAGGGCUGCAAUGAUGAUGAUAAGGACUUCACAGAUGACAAGGGCAACAUUGAAAACAAGGGCUACCCUGAUUACAAGGGCUGCAUCAAUGACAAAGGAUGCACUGAUGAAAAGGCCUGCACUAAUGACAAAGAAUGCACCGAUGACACGGGCUUCAAUGAAGAUGAUAAGGGCUGCACUGCUGAUGACAAAGGCAGCAGAGAUGAAAAGGGCUGCAUUGAUUGCAAGGGCCCCACAGAUGAUAAGGGCCGCAAUGAUGAUGCCAAAAGCAGCAUAGAUGACAAGCGCUGCACAGGUGACAAGGGCUGCGCAGAUGACAAGGGCUGCAAUGAUGAAAAGGGCUGUAAUAAUAAUGAUAAGGGCUGUACGGAUGAUGACACGGGCUGCACAGAUGACAAAGGCUGCAUUGAUGACAAGGGCAGCACAGAUAACACGGGCUGCGCAGAUGACAAGGGAUGCACGAAUGACACGGCCUGCGCAGAUGACAAAGGCUGCGCAGAUGACAGGAGUUUCACAGAUAACAAGGGAUGCACUGAUGACACGGGCUGCGUAGAUGACAAGGGCUGCGCAGAUGACAUGGGUUGUGCAGAUUACAAACGCUGCACAGAUGACAAAGGCUGCGCAGAUGACAAGGGCUGCACAGAUGACAAGGGCUGCGCAGAUGACAAAGGCAGCACAGAUGACAAAGGCUGCGCAGAUGACAAGGUAUGCACUGAUGACAAGGGAUGCGCAGAUUACAAAGGCUGCGCAGAUGACAAGGGCUGUGCAGAUGACACGGGCUGCGCAUAUGACAAAGGCUGCGCUGAUGAGAAGGGCUGCGCAGAUGACAAAGGCUGUGCAGGUGACAAGGGAUGCUCUGAUGACACGUGCUGCGCAGAUGACAAAGGCUGCACAGAUGAAAAGGGCUGCGCAGAUGACAAAGGCUGUGCAGAUGACAAGGGCUGCGCAGAUGACAAGGGAUGCACAGAUAGCAUGGGUUGCGCAGAUUACAAAUGCUGCGCAGAUGACAAAGACUGCGCAGAUGACAAAGGCUGCGCAGAAGACAAGGGCUGCGAAGAUGACAAGGGAUGCACAGAUGACACGGGGUGCGCAUAUCACAAAGGCUGCGCGGAUGACAAAGGCUGGGCAGAUGACAAUGGAUGCACAAAUGACAAGGGCUGUGCAUAUGACAAAGGCUGCACAAAUAAGAAAUGCUGGGCAGAUGACAAGUGUUGCACAGAUGACAAAGGAUGCACAGAUGACGCGGGCUGUGAAGAUGACAAAGGCUGCGCAGAUGACAAAGGCUGUGCAGAUGACAAGGAAUGCACAGAUAUCACGGACUGCGCAGAUGACACGGGCUGCACAAAUGACAAAGGCUGCUAUCAUGACAAGGGCUGCAAUCAUGACAAGAGCCUCACUGAUAAAAAUGGCUGCACUGAUGGCACGGGCUGCAAUGAUGAUGGCACUGGCAUCACUGAUGACAUGGGCUUCAAUGAUGAUGACAAUGGGCUUGAGGAUUGCAUGCUACUGGGUGAUGACAAGAACCGCUCUGAUGAAAAGAAGCUGCAGCCAUUUAAAGAAGACACCAAUAGUGGCUUUACAAAGAAGGAUGGCAACUCCUAAAAAGAAUCCGUGUAGUAUUAAGACGAUUAUGUUGCAUUCAGAAGAUCAAAGACUAAAUCGAAACAAAUUAUUUCGCACUUUUGUUAUUCAAUUUAAAUAAAGUUUGAUAAAGAUCUUCAUAA